UCUGUGCUUCGAACCACACGCAAUGUUUUAGUUCUGCUACGACUGAUAAAUACCUAUUCAUUCGUAGCACGUUUUGUUGCUGUGUUUAUUACGUUAAAGUCCAUACACUGUCAGUGUGUAUUUUUCGACUUAGGUUUAAUCAACAGAAAGUGGAUUUUGUCCGCGAACUUUUUUGUUACUUUUGAUGUGUUUCGACGGGCGUCAACAUCCGGAAGAGUUGCUUGUUUUGUAAUUAUUUCGUACGCCCACUCAUUCCAUCUGGUGUGUUGUUUGUUGCAAUGGUGUCUUGCCUAGUGUAAGUGAUAACUGAGUUCGGCUGUAUUAAAAAUGUCACUCCAAAAAAGCGUUAAAAGCGCAGGAGGGGAGAGAGCUGACCAGGAUAAUACAUCUAUAUGUUCAUCAGUAACAACGCAGCCUGACCGACAUGGUUUUUUUGGUGGAGCUCAGUAUAGUCCAGAACCAAAAAGGACUGUAUCUCCGAGCACUAUACUUAAACGAGAACAAAAAUGGCUGCGCAUGUUGAAUAAUUGGGAAGCGUUUAUGAGCAAAAAUUAUAAAAAAGUACGUGAGAGAUGCCGAAAAGGUAUUCCUGCCUCAGUCAGACCGAAAGCCUGGCUUUAUCUCUGCGGGGGACAGCUGUUACUGGAGAAACAUCCUGAAGAAUACGAGGAACUUUUGCAAGCACCAGGUGACCCGAAAUGCAUGGAAGACAUCAGAAAGGAUCUCCAUAGACAGUUUCCAUACCACGAAAUGUUUAUAAGGGAAGAAGGACUUGGGCAACAAGAAUUAUUCUGCGUUUUAAAAGCAUACUCAGUGCUGAAUCCGAAAGUGGGGUAUUUCCAAGCGCAGGCGCCGGUCGCUGCGUUCCUGCUGAUGCAUAUGCCAGCGGUGCAGGCGUUCUGGUGUCUCGUCAGCAUCAGCGACAAAUACCUCAGCGGAUAUUAUAACCCGGGAUUAGAGGUCCUCCAGCGGGACGGCGACAUCCUGCACGCACUGCUGCGCCGCACCGCGCCCGCCGUGCACCGCCACCUGGGCAAGCACCGCGUGGAGCCCGUGCUGUACGCCACCGAAUGGUUCCUGUGCGCGCUCACCCGCACGCUGCCCUGGGACAGCCUGCUGCGCGUCUGGGACUGCUUCCUCUGCGAGGGCGUCAAGGUUUUAUUCAAAGCGGCUUUAGUAAUCCUAGCGGGAGCGUUGGGUCCGGCCAAGGUCCGCAAGCGAGCGGCCGGACUCUGCGAGACUCUGGAAGUACUUCGUCAUCCGCCCGAGGGGAUCCUCGGGGAGGACUACCUCAUGUACCACAUGCAGCGUCUCAACCUAACCGAGGAGGACUUCGAGUUUGAGCACCAGAGGCAGACCGCCAAACGACGCGCCAUGGCCAAUAGAAGUGGUAGCUGAUUCAGCGAGUGUUCCUUUAAGCGUUAUUCAAAGAAUAACGCGCGGGACAUAUUCCACACUCUGUAAAUGAGUGUUAUAAAAACUGCCAAGUUAAAAUAAACCUUAAAACGUGAGUGAUAUUGACGAUAAUACAUUGCGUGUAUAACGAACUACGAAAACGACUUUUUUUAAAGUGAAGUGAGGUGUAAGUGGUAAAUUAAACUGCCAAUGAAACGAUGCACAAGAUAUUGGUGAGUAAUGUGAUUUGUAUGAUUGCAAUAAUAUGAUUUAUUAGAAAUGAAAAAUUUUAAUCGACUGCAAUCAAGGUAUAAAAAUGUUUUUUAUGUAUCCGUGUAUUGUAAAGUAAUUUAACUCUUAAUUCAAUAUUAUUAUGACAUAGUUUAGAAUAAUGCAUCUUUUACAUAUAUAAAUAGAGAAAUUAUAAUGUCAGAAACAAAACUAAUGAUUGACAGCUAGCGGAAAUAUAUAGUGUGGAAAAUGGGGAGACUACCAUUAGGUAGCAAUUAUUUUUAGUAUCAAUCAGCAGAAUCUGUUAUCACUCAGUUAUAUCGAAAACUAUCAAAUUGAAUUCAUCUUACAAAGGUAAAUAAUAAUAUAAUAUCAAUUUCUUAUUAAUAUAAACACAUUAAAUAAUGUUAUUAUUGAAUGGGUAAAGUUAGAGUUGCAAUGACUAUUAUUUUAAUAGAAAGUCAAAUACUGCUAAUAAUAAUACUAGAUUGUUGACCGAAUAGUCUAGAUUCUAGGCUGUUGUUGGUUUUGGUUUGAUUUAUUUAAUUAUCAGACUUUUCUUUUACCACUAACAAUAUUUAUAAUUUCUUUGGUUCCUUAGUUGUUGUUACAAAAAUAGUUGAUUAUAAUUAUUUUUUUAUUUAUUUAAUUCUGUAUUCAGCUGGAAGCAAAACAAAUAGCUAAUACAAAAUAGUUUAUCUUUGCAACUCUAGAUACAAUACGUUCGGAAUGACAUUAUCAUUUUGAUGUUUGUGUUUGCAUCUAGUCUAUAAAUAGGUGCUCUUAAUCAAAGUAUAUCUGAAGUUAAAUAUACAAAUUGCAUAAUAUGUACAUUAAAUCUUACAGGCUAUGAUAAAAUUACCAUUAAUAAUAAAAAUAUUUUUUACCAAAACGACGAAUAACCUACUUCAAAUACUUGACUAAAUGUAUGCAUCCAAGAAAAUGUUAACAAUUUCCAAUACCAGUAAUUUUGAAAUGGGACUGUACUGAAACCGACGAAAAAAGAGAUCAUCAUAAUUCAAAAUUCAGAUUCAAAAGCAAUAAAUUAUAUAAGAUACAUACAUAGUAAUAUGUACAUAGUAAUAUGUAUGUAUCUUACAGAUAGGAAGAACUUUCUCCUUUUAUAUAGUUGGUUAACAAAUAAAAUGAUAUAUAAUAUAAACAUUUAACAUUGUACACUACUACAUAAGAAGCAUACGAUAGAUUUCAUUAAACUCGAUACAUACUUUUUUUUUUUUUUAAACUGAUGCCAUUAUUUUAUGCAUAAUAUUUUGUCUGUUUCUUUGCAAUAUUUUAUUUUUAUUCAACAAAAUUUUCUUUUGUUAUUAUAUGUAAAUGAAGUUGUAAAAUUUUCUUGUAUUAAUAGCAAUACUGUAUAGUUUAUUAUUAAUUAUCCUUAUAUUAUUUAUAUGGGUUUAUAUUAUAAAUGAUAAAGUAGUUCAAAAGUUAAUAAAAGCAUAUGGAAAUACAAUCUAUGAAAGGACUUAAAUAAUUAUAUAUUGACCCCGAUGUCGCACAUUCUUUGCUAUGUAUAUUGGACAAUUGUAUUUAUAUAUAACUCGGGUUUUAACCACUGUUAUAUAAAUAACGAACUCAUGACCAAAUAAAAGUUAUGAUUGUGUUAAAAACUUGGGUAUUUAUAAAUAUAAUUCAUAAUGUCAUUGGUAUGUAUGUAUUACAUGCAUAUUGACUAUUAGCACUACUUAAUUUCUCGAAUGUAAUUCUCAAUCAUUUUAUUUGUUAAAUUA